AUGCUGCCUAUCGAGAAAAAGACGAAGGUGGAUAAAUCGCCUAAAGCGAAUGUUUCUGCUCCUGUUCCCCUAAAGCAUGUGCCACAUCCAGUUCCCAAGGUAGCUUCUCUGGACCACCUUAAACAACAAAUUUUUGAACAGGAUGGACCAUUGAGGUCUUUGACUCCCAAUACAAUGGGCCAGGUGCAAAGACAUAUGGUAAGAAGACCAUCAUUUGGAACAAUUGUUACCACCAGGGAACAGCAUUACAAUUUGGACUAUCCAGAAGAUCCCGACGAAUUGACCAAAUUACAACUUGAUCCCACAUCAAGAUUUUAUGCACGAUCCAAACCAAGAACUUUAGAUUUACCCAGUUUGUUGCCAUAUAAGAUUGAAAGUCCAAAAGACCAAGCUAAGUUUUUAAGUCACAUUGUGUCUCAUCUUUAUAUUGCAAUCAAAACAUUAGAUAUUCAAGGCUCACUCAGUGUUAGUGCUAAAGAUUUGGCUGCUUUAAAAGACGCUAUUUCCGAUGUUGAUUUGGCUUUGGAAACAAACUUAUUUGAGAUGAACAACGACCCAACUUGUGAUGAAAGCAAUGAUGAAGCUGUUUCCGAUGAAUUUGAAAUUUCUGAUGAUGAAGAGGAGGAGGAAGAGGAAGAAGAGGAAGGUGAAGAUGAAGAAGAUGAAGGCGACAGAGAUGCUACUACUCAACAUAAGAAAUCACCAAAGUCUGCAGCCGUUGUUGGUGUAAAAACUUGGUCGCAUGAAUUAAUGGUCUGGCUCAAAAUGAAAUACGACAUGCCCGUUACAUUGAGAGUGAACUUGGCUAGAGUAUAUUAUGCGAUUUGUCUUUGUCGUGGUCAACAUGUGAAUUUGAAGACUUACAUUAGAAUUUUUGAGCUAUUAACAAAGGAUCAAUUAUUGUUGUACAGUCAUGGUUUGAGAUUGCCAUGGGAGGAUUUAUGCCGAGAAUUAGAACUACAUUUUGCUCCUAUUGAUGCAGGAUUAACCAUAUUUGAAAAGAAAGACCACAAACAAUUGAUUAAACUUGCCAGCAGAGCCAAUUAUUUCUUUGCAAGAGAUUGCUUACCAAAAAUUUACGAAAAAAUGGGUUCAUACUUUGCCGUCAACAGCUCUGCUUUGGUGAUGUCAUCUUUGUCACUUUUCCCUACAGUUUUUACACCUAAUGGUGUUGAAGAUGAGAAUGAUAUUCGUCAUUACAUCCAGUCGUUUUUCUACAUGUGGGAAAAACUAAACAAAACCAACGGAUUUGAUGUACAAAUAAGCUCUAGAUUAGGUAUUAUAGCCAUGUCUACUUUGUCAAUGAUUAAUGAUGAUAUCGAAACUAGAAAGUUUUUGAAGUUAGGGGAGUUUGGGAUUUUCACUGCAGAUCAGAUGCAGUACAUGAUGAAUACAUUAAUUAAUAGUUUGAGUAUUAUGAUGGACAAAUAUUCUUCCAUGAAGAUAAAGUAUUUUCAUGGAUUUGCCUCAACAAUUGUUUUCUCAAUGAUUGGAGACUCAGCUUUAGUGAAGGGAGGAAUUUUAAACUACUUGCGUACACUAGUUAAUGCUAUUGAAAGUUACAUUCAUCCGUCCAAUACUGGAGAUUGGACAAAGCCUAUUUCAAAAAUGGUUUUGGCAUUGAUAUAUCAAUUUCAUAAAAGAUACAACUCAGAAACGGAAACUCGUGGCUUCUAUAAUAAUAUCCCAGAAGAAUUCAAGCUCUCAAGAAAUGUUGUCAAGGAGUUUGUAUCUAUAUUAUUGCCAAUUGUCAAAAUAGGUAUUCAAUCUAAGAAAGAAAAAGUCGGAAGUGAUUACAUUUCUGCUUUACAACUUUUAGCCUUUUUAGAGCCUGAAUAUGUUCUUGAGAACACGCUUUUAGACAUGUAUGAAUCUAUCGAGGGGGUAAUAUCUACUCACAGAGUAUCUACGGCCCUUAGCACUAUUGAAACCUUGUCGAGAUUUAUUGUAUCUACGCCGGUUUAUAGAGUUCAUGCUACCAGAAUAUUACUGUUGGCCUUACCAGGAAUUGACUCAAAUGAUUUAGAGAAAACAAUGCAGAGUUUAGAGGUGUUUACAUCUAUGGCCAACUAUGCACCUUUUUAUGACUUGACAAAAGGGGAAGGAGAUUCUAUGUUGGCAUUGGAAUUUACUCAAGGGCAUAUUGAUUAUUUAAAGAGAAAGAUUUACGAUGGUAAUAUUGAGAGUUUCCAAGUCGAUACCGAUUUAGAAGUCCAAGCAUUAAAAUCUUCAACAAGUGCCUUUAAGGAUUUGAUCAAAAGCUUUACUCAGCGAUUAACCUUGCUUUUAGAGAACUUACCAGAUCCAGAAAUAAGCAUGGGCUUGGAGAGCGCCCUUGCAGUUUCAUUACCAAAAUUUUUAUACAUCAUGUUUGAAUCAAUUUCAGAUGACUUAUUCAAGUACUUCCGCGAUGACUUUUUCGAGUUUGUGUUCAAUAAUACAUACCAUACAAUAGCUACCACGGUAUCAGAAAUUUGUGGUGGUAUAAUCAAACGUGACCCAAAGUCUUUUAAGAAGAACGCUCGUAUUCUCAUUGAAAAAAUUAAGGACGAAAUCCAUGAAAACGAAGCAGGAGGGUACAAAGGUGGUGUUGAUAUCGUUCCACGUGAUCAAGCACUUUUCUGGUAUAUAACUAUCUUGAACGAGAUGGUUGGAAAUGCUGGCAACCAGAUUAUAGACAUGUCGUCUGAGAUCUAUGAGUUGUCGUACUUUUUAAUGGAAAAAGUCAAGAGUCCAUUGGUUUUCCCUGCUGCUUAUCUUGUAAAUCAAGUUUUACAGACAGUCACAAAAAUCAAAGUGAAUGAAUGCAGGUUGAUUUCCCCAGCCUAUGAGAAAGAGCACGGCAUUGACGAGAAAUGCUGGGGAGGAUUUUGGAACCAAAGCAUUAGAUUUUCAAAAGAAAACACCACAUUUGAUUGGUUCAUUCCUUCAGAACGAGACGUCACGUUUGCUGUUGAUUUUUUCAAUGCUCAUGUUUCCAAAAGUUUAGAGAACGUGAUGAGAUUGAUGCAUCAAUAUGAGAAGGAAAAGAAUUCGGGUUUAAAGUCUUCCUCAGGUGUUGUGGAUGAUAUCAGACUGAUGUUACUGUUCUUGGCCUAUUUAUUGAGCGGUGUUUCAUUUUUAUUGGAUCCGUCUUUUGAGGAAAAUAUUCCAAAAAUAAACCAUGACAGUGAAUCUAUCCAGCAAAGAUUAUUGCUUUUGAAGCAAAUUAGAGAAUUGGCUAGAGUGUCAAACCAAAAAGAAGAUUCUAUUGACGAGGCAACUCCAGAAUAUAUGGAAAAAAUUAUAAAUGACUUGACCAAUGAGGAUCUCGACAUCCUUUCUGAAUUUGAUCAAGGUGAUAAUGAAUUAAGAGACAACAAAAAACAGGAGGAAGAGAGUAGAGGUCGAGAAAAAGAUGACGAAAGUAUCCCUUCUAAACCUGCUUCGCCAACUCAAAACCCCUUGGCUAGAUUUGAAGUCAAGUCAUUUCCAUUAAGUAGAUCCGAAUCAGUUGCUCCAGCUUAUGACGAGUCUGGCAGAGCAACACCACAAAUCAACGGUGUGCAUAUGUCAAGUAUGAAUCCUGCUAUAACUUUCAGAGAGAAGAGUCUAUACACAUCAAACUAUUUUUUUGGUACUGGUCUGGAGAAUAGAAGAUUUGCUGAUUUAUAUUCAAAAGUUCACAAAACUAGAGAAUUGGUCGGGAAGAGUUUACACGUCUUAUUCAAGUUCUUGAUGGAAAACUUCCCUGAUAACACCAAAAUUUUCAAAGACUUUUUGUUUGUUAUUAGUAUUUGGUUUUCAGAUAUGGGGCGUGAAAGAGCACUUGAUCCAAGUCAUUCAAAAAUAAAUUAUGGAUAUGUUAGCUAUCUUCAAACUAUCAAUAGAGUCAGAAAGCCAUUCACCAGAAUUGCGAUUGGGGCUAGGUUGGAAUUGUACCAUCUGUUUAGAGUUGCAUUGCAUGCAACUUCACGUACUGAAACAAGUUUAGAUAAACUUUUGUUGGAAGAUGUUGUAAGACUUUCUGUAUCUACCUAUUCUAGCAUAUCUGCUAAUGCUCAAAGUAUAUUAGUUGACGCAAUGAAAAGAUUAAAUGGUUCUUACAGUCUUAUUAUCAAAUCAGCAUUUAAACAUUUGUCCAAGGCAUUAGAAAUAAACGACCACCAGAAAAUAGAGAGUGGACUCAGCAUCUUUGCAAUCAAGAAAAUUAGAACCAGAUUGCAAACUGAUUUCUACAAUAUUUACAGGUAUUUGGAUUUAUUGCACCGUUGCUUAAAUGUUGAUAACCAAAACGUUUACAGUUCUGCGUACGUCUUGUACACUAGUGUACGCAAAGGAAUAACGCCGCCAAGCAGUGUUUGUAUACUUAACGAGAGUGCAAUUGAUUGUAUUAGACCACCUGACCAAUUUAUUGAUUUGGAGAUAAAAGCGGUAAAAUUGGCCAAGGAAAACAAGAGAAAGAUUUAUUUUGAAAAACUUGAAAAAUUACAAGAGAAAAUAUUGGCAGACGAAAGUAACAAUGGACACUGGAAGAUUACUGUCCUGAAUUUGGAGUUAUUACUGAAUUUGCAGUCGUACUUGGAAAUACCGACGAGAUUGGACAUUCUUCUUUUGUUUCACAAAGAGGCAGCAGUGGACCAUCCUUUGAUUUCAAGGCAAGCUUUACAAGGAAUCAGUAGAGUUGUCAACAAACUUUGUACCUUGACUAAAUAUGACUAUGAUAUCAGGCUGAUGUACGAUUUGAAUUUUGUUGCUCCACAUUUAACAACUGUGGACACUAGACCUGACCACGGAGUUUCCUAUAAGGCAAAGUGGCAAGAAGAAUUGCAAAAUACAGAAUACCCAAACUAUUAUAUCGAUUACAAGCCAAGUGUGGGUUGGUUAUUCUGGAAGAACUCGCUUUUGGCAGUGGACUCUACCCCUUUUUACAAACUAAAUUUAAACUCAUCUGAUUUAGAGACCAUAAAGACAUUCUCGGAAUUUAUUAACAAAGACUGGGUUUCAAGGAUAGUAAAAUUAUGGGUGACUGAUGCAGAAGUUAACUCAUCAUUCCAAGUGAUGGAUGUAUUUGUGAUUGCGUCAUUGGUGGUUUUAGUUUCUAAUGCUUACACCAAGCAUUUUACUUUCCAUGAUUUACUAAGUAUCAUUGAUGAAAUUUAUGUCCCAGAUGAAAAGAGUGCCCACAUAAUCACUGGUCAAUUGAUCAUUGGUAUUUUAUUUGGGUCCAAGGCAAUGUCACCAGAAUUUUGGGAAGAAAGAGAUGAAUAUGUGAGCAAAUACUUGAAAAGAAUUUUAAAUGAAGAUUUGUCUCCUGAUAAUCAAGGUAUCUGGCAUGUUUUCGCUGCUUUUCUUCCAGGACAUGUUGAUGUUAGAAGAUUCCCUAAAGUGAUAGAUGUGAUUCUCAAUUUCCAAUUGGAUCCUAAUUCGGACUCUGCUUUCAAGGAUUCUACAAGAAUUGCGUAUAUGAGAGGAGCCAUAGGUUCAAUUUCGUGGCGUCUUGGGAAUUCAGAUAAAUUUUUAGAAUUCUGUAUGCAAAACAUCAACAAUAGGUAUGCUGCAGUGAGGUCACAAAUUGGUAACUUGAUGGCGGUAUUGUCAUUCAAUUAUUAUGUCGAAUCAAUAUCCGAUAGCAAGACAUUUAUUGAGAACUGUAACAAGAAGGAGGGCUUGAUGUUGUAUGAUGGACGUGACAAAUGUAAGAUUGUUACCAUAAUACCUGAAUUAUUUGCUCAAAUUGAGAAUUGGAGAAAAGAAUGUCAACACUUGACUCCACAGGAAAUACUCAAGACAAAUUAUAUAUACACAGCCACAACAGUCUUGAUAUGGAUAAGGCAAGAGUUGAAUACAAAUUUGUCUAUAAUGUUUGAGUUCUAUGUGUGCCUGCACAUUGUUCCAUUUUUACUUGAAUUAAUAUAUUUGAGAGAAGUGUGCCAAUUGGGGAACAUUGACCCUAUUACAGUUUUGAAAAAAGUCUCACAAAUCCCUUAUACCACCGAUUACUUAGAGAACGUGAUCAGUAUGUUAGAACAUUACGCUGAAAAAGAAUUGAACUUGGUGCAAACGUUGGUGAUGGGAGAAUUCACAGAAACUGUGUAUUUCAAGAACUUGUUCAAAUUAACUAGAACCCAGAGAGAACGUGUUUUCAAUUUAUCCAAUAAGUUACUCAAUCACAAGCAUGCAGAAAUAAGAGUGUCGGCUGCUGAAACAUUAUCUGGCUUGAUUCAUAUAUCACCAGUAGAAGAAGUUGAAGGGUUGGUUGAAAAGUAUAGUGAUCUUUAUUCCAAACAAUUGGAUAAGGUGAGAAAGAAGUACCGGAAAACUGGUUAUAAGAAUAUGGAAAAUGAUGAUAUAAUAAAAUUACAUGGUGCCACUUUAGGUCUAGCAGCAUUAGUACAUGCAUUUGCUUUUUCUUCCCCACCACCGAAGUGGGUUCCUAAGAUAUUAACUACAUUGGCAAACAAGUCAACUGGUAUACCUGGAAUUGUUGGUAAGACUGCAAAAGAGUCUUUGGGAAAAUUCAAAAAGAAUAGACAAGACAGUUGGCACAUUGACAGCAAAGUAUUUACAGAAGAACAAAUUCAAGAUCUUGAAGGUGUUCUUUGGAAGAGUUAUUUUAUAUAG